AUGGCCUACUGGGCUCUCGAGGCGUUGGACGGCUCCAAAACGGCACUCUCUUCCCUCGACAGUCCCGCCGCGAGCCCGCGAGCGAAGCGGAACCCGGGUGGGGUCAUCGCCGGCCUGGUCGUGCGGAUCUUCCCAACACUCCAGGGCUGGGAUUCGGCGUGA